AACCCAGCCCGCUUUCAGCAGCUCCCCCUUAGCACGGACCAAAGUUAUCCCGGAAUAAGGACAGCACGCAUGUGCCGUCAACCCGGAUGUAGAUAUCUGUGUACGCGUCUAGUCCAUGGAUGUAUGGUCCAUUCCCCAUCUUGCCAAGUUAGGACACAUUUGCUCUUAAAAAAAAAUGAAGUACAUAUCUUAGCACCGGCUGAACAAAUCUAUGUUAAUGAUUUUAAACCAGUCGGGCUAACCAGCUGUGUUAUGUGUUUGCCUACGGGGGUGUCACAUCUGAGUGACAGCCCCAAAACUAUCUCUAUUCACGGUCAGAGAACACAAGAUCCUCUCUGUAACUUAGAGGAUGGACUUCCGCGGCAGGAGGCAUGAGCGAGGCAGCAACUGGACCGACCCGGAGAUAGUGGAGCUGCUCCAGCUGUGGUCCGACGAGUCGGUGCAGAUCGAGUUGGAGAGCUCGUUGCGCAACCAGCGUGUGUUUGACCGCAUAGCCCAUGUUCUGCGCGAAAAGGGCAUCUACCGCACCGGUGACCAGUGCAGGGAGAAGAUCAAGAAGAUGAAGCUGGAGUACCGCCGCAUCAAGGACAAUCACAAACUGAGGUCCUGGAAGUUUUACGAUGUGAUGGACAGGGUGCUGGCCAACCGACCUGCCAUCACCUACUCCUCCAUGGGCGGAGCUGUCAUAGCUCAACAGGUGUUUCACAGCCAGGGCGGGCCUGAGUCAUACCUGCAAGGAGUUCCCUCAGGCGCCUUUGGUCCCACUUCCUCGGGUGGGUUUCUGUUUGGUCAGCCCCCAACUGGAGAUCCACUGGAUAUUAAAUGUGAAGAUGUGGAGGAGAGCAUGCUGAAUGCAGGUGUUGCUCCCCCCGAGAUGUACUAUGGAUCUGGAGAUGACCAGGAAACCGAUGGGCAGUCUCUACUGGGGCCAGAGGACUCUCUGGGUCGAGGAGAGAGCUCAGCAAAUGCAAGAAUCUCCCCCUCAGGUUUUAGUGACCUGAACAUUGCCGGUUCUGCCACAGCUUCUACCCAGGCUGAUGGUGGUCCUCUGCCACAGGACACAUCCGAGCAGCCGAGUACGAAGGCUCCUCAUCCUCCAACCUCUGUGGGACAGAGGAAGCGACGCCUGGGUGGCAAAACGUCAUGGGCCCAUGGGGGCGCAAGAUGCGGCGGUCAAAAGAGCCUGGAUAAAGCCUUGGCCAGCUUCCUGAAGUGGCAGCAGUCAGCAGAGGAACGCCUCCUCUCCCUGGAGGAGGCGCGGCUUGAGAGCGAGCUGCAGGCAGAGGAGCGCAGGGAACAGAGGGAGGAGAGGAGGGCGGAGCAGGAGCGCCAGCAUGAGCUCCGCCUGUUCAGCAUGCUUACCGGGGCAUUGGCUGCCGUCAGACAGGGUGCUCCAACCGCCGCGGCAUCACCGACUGACCCGUCCUUCUCACCCCUAGCUCAUCUGUCAGCAUCACUGAGGACCACAGCCGCCCCCUCCGUCUCAUCAUCUCUAGCUCAGUCACCUUCAGAAGCUCCCACUACGCAAGCUGUUUCCACACAGGAAACUGUAAAAUCAACACAUCCUACGCCUGUGAAGGCCUGCGAAAUGUCCCAGGAUGUUUUGGCAACACAGACAGGUCCAGAAUCUCUCGGCCAUAGCGUGUACCUGUCCACCCGUGGUAACAGCAUCCGACAGAAUCAAGGCAUUCUCCAGGAGAGCUAUGCCCAAUAUUCAAUGGACAAACACCACGACACAGAGAACCCCGAUGGUAUAAUCAACAUGGGAACCAGUGAGAACAAGCUCUGCUAUGAUCUCCUUCAUAACCGGCUGACCAAGCCUGACAUGCUAUAUAUUAGCCCAUCCUUGUUGCAGUAUUCAGACUGGAGGGGACACACAUUCCUGAGAGAGGAGGUUGCUAAGUUCCUGACUCACUACUGCCGUUCUCCGAACCAACUGAAAGCCGACAACGUUGUGGUGAUGAAUGGCUGUAGUUCCCUCUUCUCGUGUAUUGCUGCAGUAAUUUGUGACCCUAAAGAUGCCAUUCUCAUUCCCACUCCUUUCUACGGCAUUCUCACCGAGGAUCUACAUUUGUACAGUGAUGUAAAAGUCUUCCAUGUUCCUCUUGACUGUGAGGCCGAUGGCAAAGGCAGUCGACCCUUCCACCUCACUGUGGGAAAACUAGAAGAAGGGCUUAAAAGGGCUAAACAAGAGGGUUUGACUGUCCGAGCUGUUAUUCUGAUGAACCCCCACAACCCUCUGGCUGAGGUCUACACCCCGGAGGAGAUGAUUGCCUUCUUGGAGUUUGCCAAAAGAAAUGAGCUCCACUCUAUCGUCGAUGAAGUAUACAUGCUGACGGUCUUUGAUGAGUCUGCUGCCUUUCACAGUGUCCUCAGUAUAGACAGUUUGCCCGACGCACAGAGGACACAUGUGAUGUGGGGGAUGAGCAAGGAUUUUGCAAUGGCGGGAACCAGAAUAGGCACCCUGUACACUGAGAACACAGAGCUUCUGGAGGCCAUGGCACAGCUGGCCUCAUUCCACGGUAUCUCUGGAACCACCCAGCACCAGGUAGCACAACUGCUGCAGGACAGAGAAUGGAUCAGCGACAAUUUUCUACCCGAGAACAGACGCAGACUGAAAGCCGCUCACAGUUACCUGACAGGAGAGCUGCAGAGACUGGGCGUCCCCUAUCUGGACAGACCUGCUUCACUGUAUGUCUGGGUCGACCUCCGAGAGUACCUCAGAGAGUCGACGUUUGAGGAAGAGUUGACCCUGUGGAGGUGUUUCCUUAGACACAAGGUGGCGUUGAACUGUGGUCAGGCCUUCUCCUGCUCCACGCCCGGCUGGUUCCGCAUUGUCUUUGCAGACCAGCUGCACCUUCUGGAGCUCGGCUUGAAGCGAAUCAGGGAGGCCUUGAAAGAAAUUGAAGAGAAAAGCAUCAGCCCUUAUUCGCACUCUAUCAAAGAAGCCAGUGAGGAAAGCAACAAAUCAGUGAAAGAGGACAGUGCAGAUUCAGACAAUGCUGUGGUUGUCAAUUCAACACCAUCACCCCAGAGCAAGUCACCGGACCAGCAGAAGGAGAAGGAUAACCCUGUUCCUGACACAGGCUCGCUGGCCACUCAUGAGUUCGUGUUGCUGGACUGCCAAGCAUCUAAGCCCGCAGACAGCCUGGACUCUCUGAUUGGCACUCUCAGGCACCAGAUCCACGGCUCCGAUUGGCUGGAGAAAAACACUCCAGAGCUGUCUGCUGGGGAGGACCCAGAGAUUCUUGAUGUAUUCAAGGCCCUGCUGCAAAGAGCCAAAAAGUAAGCUUAGGAAAAAGGCACGAAUGUAGCUGCCAAAUUUCAAGAGGCAGCCCUUCAGCAUCCUUCUUAGCCGCUGCGUUUGAGGUGAAGAGCUUGACACAAACACCUGACACAAAUCUGACUGCUGACUUUUAGUGAAGAGCAAAAAUAAGCUGAGAGCAGGGUAAAGAGGAGAGAAGAAGAAAAGUAAAGCAGGCAAGGCCACUUUUCUACCUGCAUCUCAAGGCCUUUUUCUUAAACUGUUUAGGGUGACAGACUUGGUUUUUUUUUGUAAUCCAGACUGCUAAAAUGUAUGUUUAUUUACUCCGACUCUUAAGUGAAUGCCAAAUGUAAAUCAACCAAAAUCAGUCCCGCUCUAUUCUUAAACAUUUUUAGUCAUAAUCUGUAUUAUAAAUCUUUAUUAUUUGAUCAGAUGCACUUUAUUUUAUUAGAAAG